AGAGCAUCAAGCGUGCUUUGUUGUCAACCGUACGCGAGAUUCACGCGCCACUGCAAGCACUUUGAGGCGUCCAGCCUGACUUUUCUUUUCCCUCUAGAGUAAAACAGCCGAUAGCGUCAACGAGGCAUUCUGCUGUAGUCGUCGAGCAGAGCUCAACCAAAGAACAAAUAGACGUUGCAUCUCCAUUUGACGCCUUCACCCAGGCUCCAGCAGCAACACCACGACGAGAGAACUGCUCGUGGUAUUCCGCCUUUCUUUAUUCAUUGCAUUAACCUCGUACACACACACACACACACACGCACAGUCGCCCACCAUGUUCAUCGUGCAGGUAGCCGCCGACAUCUUCGGCAACAAGCUGAACUUCGAACUCAGCUUCCCCAGCCGGCCAACCGUGCAGGAGAUCACCCGUGCGUCAGAGGCCGCCUUCUCCACCGAGAUCGCCAACACACGCGCCGACAACGUGCCGCCGCACACGUUCCACAUUGCGAAAAUAAAAAUCUACGACGAGGACAAGAGCAAAUGGGUCGACCUCCUCGGCGAGGGCCAGCUCGUCGACUACUGCCAGCUCUACGCCUUUCAGCCAGAGAACCCGUGGCACAAGGAGACGCAGAAGCCAAUCCCGCCAGCAACGAAGCCGCCGGCAUCCGCCACGGCCGCCGCCACCACCCCUCCGAGCCGCAGCGUCGCCCUCGCCAACAACGCGCAGUCGGGCAGCCGUGCCGUGACGUCCACAUCGAGUGCGCUGGCGCCCUACACCGGUGGCGGUCGCAGUGAGCCGUCAUCUUCACGCCGGCCGUACGCGGCGACGGGCGCCAACAGCACCGCCCUCGUCAUCCCUCGCAGCAGCGCGGACGCCUCGCCGGAGGAGAAGCUGCGGAUGGUUUUUGCGGAGUUCGACGUGAAGAACGCCCGCAUGAUCGACCUAGACGACUUCAAGGCGGGCUUCCACAACAUGGGUCUGGACUUCUCCAGCGCCACCGUCGAGGACCUCUUUGAGCGUGCCGACCUGAACCGCGAUCACCGCAUCUCCUACUCCGAGUUUGAGCGCUUUGUCCGGCUUUACCCGAUCAUGACGGACUGCCUGUACUUCCGCUCCAAGGCUUUCUGGGAGGAGGAGCAGCUCAAGAAGGACAUCCAGGCGGAGGUGGAGGCGGCCGGUAAGGCGGAGGGCGUCCUGGACACCGCCCAGCGCGGCCUCGAGAACGCCGAGAACGAGGUGGCCAACGCGCAGAACGCUGUCAAGGCCGCCGACGAGGACCUGCGCGAUCGGACGGAGCGGAUGCGGGAGCUGGCGAAGGAUAUGGAGGACGCCCGCAAGGACAAGGAGCGCGUCGCGCGAGAGAAGAAGGAUCGCGACCAGGACCUCGUCGUCGUGAAGGAGCGCGAGAAGGAGGCCCGCAAGGAUCUGCAGGACUUCUCGCGCGACUCCGACAAGCUGGACCGCCGCGCCGCUGCACUUGUCAACGACGCCGACGCCGCGGAUGAGAAGGUGCGACAGCUGAUGAAGGCGCUCGAGGACGCGAAGCGGGCGGCCGACCGGGCCCACCAGGCCGCCGAGCAGGCCGCUGGCGAGGCGGACGCCGCGAAGAACCGCGAGAGGGACGCCGCGGUGGAGGCGGAUGCCAUCGCGCGUGAGAUCCCGAAAGCCGAGGACGCCGUGCGCAUGGCGGAGCGCAACGUGGCGGCUGCCGACCAGGCGCUGAAGGAGUUGGACAACGCCGGCAAGGAAAUCGGCCGGCAGGCGGACGAGGCCGCUGCCCGACGCGAUGCCGGCGAGAAGGCCGUCGCCGAGGCCCGCGACCGCGUGGCGCAGAGGGCGCGUGAAGUCGACGGCGCCCGCAACGGCGUCGCGGAUCGGGACCGGGCGAUCAAGCAGAAGGAGUUGGAGCUGGACGAGCACCGGCGCAAUCGCGAGCUCAUUGCGCAGCACGAACGCACCCUCAUCGAGCAGGAACUGCGUCUGCGGGAGCAGCGGGAUAGCCUGGAGCAGCGAGAAACGAAGCUGCUGUCGGAGGCGAGCAGUUACCUGGGGAACAUGCGCAGCAACCUCGCCGGGCGCUCCUAUUCGCGCGACACGGCGGGGUAUUAG